CCGUCCUCCGCUGCCUCCCUCGGGCCACCCACCGUAGCUCGCUUGCUCGCUCGCGCGCGCGUCUUCGGUCCAGUACGGGAGCAGGCGAGAGGGAACUUCUCAACGGCCGGACCGGCAGCACCCACACACCUCCGAUCUCGGGUUCUAUCAACAUUGAUGAUUAUAAUGUAGAAAAUUCUUGGAGGAGCCAUGCCAUCCAGUGACAAGCAAUUAACAUUCUCGGUGAAAAUAGCAUCAUUACCUGAGCUGCUAAACAAAGGUACAAACGUCGUAAAUAUGUCUCAAGGCACUUCUAUGCUGCCAAAGGAUAAAGGUCCUGCUGAAGAUUCAGUAAAGGUUGUGGGCACAAAACGGCUGCAUACUGAUGCUCCUUCAGGCCCUGUUUACCAUAAUGUUUAUGUCCGACGAAAAGUGGAGUCUGAACAUAGUAAACUUAGCUCCUCUCAGGAGUUGAAGGGUAAUGGAAGAGACAAAACAAAAGAGCAGCAGGACCUGAAAAAUGUCGAAAGCAAACAUAGUAAAGAUAACUCUUCUCAAGAGUUGAAGGGUAAAGGAAUAGAGAAAACAAAAGAGCAGAAGGAACAGCUAAAUAUGGAAACUGAACAUAGUAAAAUGAACUCUUCUCAAGAGUUGAAGGAUAAUGGAAGCGGGAAACCGCGAGAGCAAGAAGAACAGCAGGUGCAACAUGAUCACGCCAGUAAGCCAGAAAUGCCACCCCCUACUGCUGAAUCUGGAAUAAAAGAGCUGGAGGAACAGCAAAAUAUGGAAACUGAACAUAGUAAAAUAAACUCUUCUCAAGAGUUGAAGGAUAAUGGAAGCGAGAAACGGCGAGAGCAAGAAGAACGUCAGGUGCAACAUGAUCAGGCCAGUAAGCCCGAAAUGCCACCCCCUACUGCUGAAUCUGGAAUAAAAGAGCUGGAGGAACAGCAAAUAGUGCAACAUGACCAGGUCAAUAAGCCGGAAGUGCCACCUCUAAUUGCUGAAUCUGGAAUAAAGGAGGAGGGACAACAAAAGGUGCAGCAUGAUCAGAUCAAUCAGCCAGAAGUAGCACUGGAAGUGCAACCUUUAAUUGCUGAAUCUGGAAUAAAAGAGGAGGGGUGGCAAAAGGUGCAACAUGACCAGGUCAAUCAGCCAGAAGUGGCACCUCCUAUUGUUGAAUCAGGAAUAAAAGAGGAUGAACGGCAAAUGGUGCAACAUGAUCAGGUCAAUAAGCCAGAUGUGGCACCUGCUAUUGCUGAAGCUGGAACAAAAGAGGAGGAGCUAAAGGUGCUUAAUGAUCAGGUCAAUACACCACAAGUGGCACCUUCUGUUGCUGAUUCUGGGGGUUUAGUGCCAUCUGAAAUGGCAUCUCCCAUUGCCAAAUCUGUAGGGAUAGUACCAUCUGAAUCUGUAGGGAUAGUACCAUCUGAAUCUCCCAUUGCCAAAUCUGUAGGGAUAUUACCAUCUGAAUCUCCUGAAAAAGCAAAUGCUAUACCUGAGGAAUAUGAACCUUAUGUUGCUUCUGCUAAUGAGCCACCAGCUACUCCUGGUACCGCCGUUCAAGGUGAUAUCCAUAGCUCAAGCAACCAAAAUUCGUACUGGAGCGAGAGAUAUAAUCGAUUGCAGACAUACUUGGAGAACUGUGAUCGGUCAUCCCAGGAGGGUUACAUGCGAAUGCUUAGAUCGCUCUCAGCGACUGGUCGAAGCAUGCAUGCAAUUGAGCUGGAGAAAAGGGCAAUACACCUCCUAGUGGCGGAAGGUAAGGAGCUACACCGGAUGAAGGCUUUGAAUGUUCUGGGGAAAUCUCCUCCAAAUGGUUCGUCAAAGCAGCGGUAGUGCCAGGAAUGAGACGCCGGGAGAAAAAACUGUAGAGCUGAAAAGGACUUACUCAUGUAUAAAUUGCAGAAAGGACAUGUUCUGCUCCUGUAAUAACUCUUUUUCUGUUAAAGGGCCAUCCAUUGCCAUGCAGUUCAUUUUUCCUCUCUCCUAUUGCUCUUGCAUACUCGCUCGCCCUUGUGCUCUGGGUUUGUUGUAAUAUGAUGUAGUUAUAAGAGUAAAUCGUCAAGGUCUAACUGUUUAUACCCUUUCAUGUCAUUU